AUGGGUCGUAUGCACGCUCCAGGAAAGGGUAUUGCCUCAUCUGCCCUCCCAUACAAACGUACUCCACCAUCAUGGCUUAAGACCUCCUCUGAAGAAGUUGUUGAACAAAUCUGCAAACUCGCUAAGAAGGGUUCCACCCCAUCUCAAAUUGGUGUCAUCCUCAGAGAUUCUCAAGGUAUUGCCCAAGUUAAGGCUGUUACUGGUAACAAGAUCCUCCGUAUCUUAAAGUCCAAUGGUCUUGCUCCAGAACUUCCAGAAGAUCUUUACUUCCUUAUCAAGAAGGCUGUUGCUGUUCGUAAGCACUUAGAACGUAACAGAAAGGAUUCUGAAGCCAAAUUCAGACUUAUUCUUAUCGAAUCCAGAAUCCACCGUCUUGCUCGUUACUACAAGACUGCUGGUCAACUUGCUCCAAACUGGAAAUACGAAUCUUCCACUGCCUCUGCCCUUGUCGCUUAA